AUGAGCAUUGAAGGAGAUCUUGGGUCUAAACUUGUGGGUACUCUAUUUGGGUAUAGACGUGGGCAUGUUCAUAUUGCAUUUCAACAAAACCCUAAAACUACACCUGCUUUUUUGAUUGAGCUUUCUACUCCUACUAGUGUUCUUGUUAGAGAAAUGGCUUCUGGGUUAGUAAGGGUUGCAUUGGAAUGUGAUAAAAAGUGGGAUAAAAAGGGGAUGAAAUUGUUGGAAGAGCCUCUUUGGAGGGCUUAUUGUAAUGGGAAAAAGUGUGGGUAUGCUUUGCGCCGGGAUUGUGGGCGCCAUGAGUGGCGGGUGUUACAAUCUUUGGGGCCCAUUACGUAG